AUGGAUUCUAGCAUUUACAAUGAUCCUCAAAAAUUCUUUGCCAUGAUGCAAGCGACGAACCCCAAUUUGCCAGUUCCUUCGUCAUUUCCAUCCGCAUCCAAGGUCAGGCAAGAAUCAAAGACCUAUUCCAAAACCAUAUUUGAGUCUUGGAACGAGCUUCAUCAGAUCUUGAUUCGCCGGGAAGACGCCAUUCGCAAAAGAUGGAUGAAGAAGACGAAAGAUCAACGUAAGAAAAUCUUGUUGACGGUUUGGCCAGAAAUGCCCCUUCGACAUCGGCCAGAUUUCCAAGAACUUGCUCGUCCAAGAUCGCGGUGCGGCUCCAUGAACAGGGACGCCUUCAAGUGGCCCUACAUCAACCAAGAGGACCUUGUACGAGGAAAGUCUCUGCUAUUAUUUCUGAAUGCUCGCGCACGGAACCCUCCACAUGUCUUCGCUCACGCUGACCAUGAAGCCACUCAUGUCGGGCAAACCAGCAAGGCCAUCACGCUUCCGUUCCUCAACCAGUACACAAUGUACCUUGUCGGCCAGACAAGAGCAGAGACAUAUGGACGCCUUGUCCAUUGGGACGACGACCCGGAAGCAUUCGAUCUGAUGCACAACUGUCUGCAAUUCCAGCCGGGAGCAGGAUUGCUGGUCCUGGAGAUUCAAAGUAAGACCUACAGUUUCUUGGUGCAAUGCUGCUGCCGGAUAUUUCACGACGUCGCCCGAGAUGACCUCUCUUCUCCCGAUAUCCCCAUUCGGCCCGAGCCUGCUCCCAUUGUUGCCGGCGAGACGUCAUACGCUCAGCUAUCGUCCGUUGCCGCAGAAGCUCCUUAUCGGGUGCCAGCUAAGCUCGAGACUCACCGAUUACUGCUGUUGGUGGGAGCCAGAAAAGCAGCCGCCGAAGAUCAUAUCUGGGAUUUGAGAGAGGACCCUGGCUAUUUCUCGGCCGUUAUUACAGAUUUUGCUCAACACAGGCAAGAGAGCCUGUUGGAUAUCAACGGGGACCGCCAUCCCCAUGACAACGACGAGGUUUUCUGGAAUCGAGUUGCUACCAGCGUGAUUACAGACGCAUAUAUGGGUUUCCUAGGUUGGGAGGUUCUUUACAGGAAUGUGGCCAACGUCGAUAGCCUAUCUUCGGUGAUAGAGUCCCUUGAUCACCAGGCACCCCUUCCCGAGUCUGUUGAAACCGCUCUUCUGGAUUUAGCAUUCACCGCCGAGAAACUCUCACAAGGCCCGAUCAUGGUCCUCAAAAGUGGAGUGCCGGCGUCACCGCUCAUCCGAGAGCGUUUCGUCCGAGAGCCUCAAGAGCCCGGCACAAACAUCAUGCGAACAAGGACAAAGAGUGCACUGGGAAACGAUCCCCUCAUCGGAAUGUUUUUCCAAAUUUGGAACGAAGAACAAGUAUUCCUUGCACGCCUACCCAAUCUUGUUGACGAAUUGCAGCGCUGCAUGGACGAAGAUCCUGUCCAGAAGAAAAGGAUGUCGUCGUAUAUUGCAGCCUCCUUCUCAGACCUCGCAUUGAUUGCGCAGGUGAUGAAACAGACGCAAACCUUCUUCCCGUGGGCGGCCGCGUUCGAAAGGAAGAUGUCCGACGAAGAUAGAGGACCGGCGUACACCACAUCCAUGAAAGAUGCCACCACUGUACACGAAAUGCUGCGGGAAGGUUUGGCGCCAAAUUUAGCGCGAUUGAUCACGCCUCUUCAUCAAAAGUUUCGUUAUCCAGUCGACAAGGCUUAUAACGCCACAAAUGUCGAUGCAAUGCGCCAAGCCGAAUCUCAUCUCGACAUUAUGUGGAAGAGAGUCGAUGAUCACUUCAUGCAAUACGCCAAGACGUCGCUGCAUGGGCUAUUCGACAAGUAUUUUGUUGCUCCACGUGAGAUACGGCGCACCCCUAUAUGGACGUCUCCUCAACCAGGAGGAACGGAGGUCACUGAAUCUGAAGACGGUUUACCAUCUUCAGAUUUCUCACGAUUGAAUAUUGUCGACCAGAAAAUUGCCAAGUUUGCCGUCGAGCCUCCGCGAGCCAAAAUUAAGACCAAAGGCAUCCCUAGGCCAGCAACAUCCGACCAGGUUCCAGAGACGAUCGAAACGGACGCCACGCAGCAAGACGAACUUCCGACCUUUACUCUCGGCAAGCGAGCAUGGAAAGUGUUCUCCACAAUGUUUCAUCAGCCUUCUCAAAAAGAUCAUGCGGGAGAGAUCUCGUGGUCAGAUUUUCUUCACGCUAUGACUGCAACGGGCUUUAAAGCAGAGAAGCUUUAUGGGUCUGUCUGGCAAUUCACCCCCUCAGAGCCCGGGGUUGAGCAUAGUAUUCACAUACAUGAGCCACAUCCAGUGGGGAAAAUCUCUUUUCGUACAGCUCGCAGACUGGGUAGACGCUUGUUUCGAACGUAUGGUUGGACCGGCGACAUGUUCAAACUUGUUUAA